AUGGGUGAUUCUUCCCAAGAGGACUCGGCACAGCAAGUGGUCGUCCAAGAUGCUGUUCUGUCCGCCGACGAACUCGAACUUCGAGCUCAAGGCCAUAAAGGAGAACUUCCACGACAAUUCUCCACGCUCUCAACUCUGGCCAUUGCAUUCCUCCUGACCAGCGCAUGGAUCGGAUAUUCAGCAACCUUCCCCUAUCCUUUGCUGGCCGGUGGUGGGCCGUAUGUGUUUUGGGGCCUGAUCGUCGCCACAAUCGCCUGCUCCAUUAUCACUGCAGGACUGGCAGAGCUGGGUUCCGCGUUUCCCUCGACUGGAGGGCAAUACCAUUUCGCAUUCAUGGUCUCAUCCGAGAAAACUCGGGCUAGCGUUGCCUUCGUUAUGGGCUGGCUCUCAGUCAUCGCCUAUUGUCUCUUUACGGCUAGCGCCACCAUCGUUUGUGCCCAGAUCACGGCCGCGAUCGCAAGUUUCUGGCAUGAACACUAUGUUGCAACUCAAUGGCAGAUCUAUCUGAUGUACAUCUUAUACCAGGCACUCGCAACAGCCGUCGUUGUCCUCUUCCCCCGGCAGCUGCCGAAGACGGAGAUUGCAUUCUUCCUGAUCAGUGUUUCUGGCUGUGUUGUUUUCUUCAUCACUGUCCUUUCGGCCAGUGAGACAAAACAGCCCUCAAAAGUUGUGUUUACCGAAGUUGUCAACGUCACCGGGUGGAGUGACGGUGUUUCUUUUAUUUUGGGAGUGGGAACCUGCAUGUACGCGUACAUUGCCACUGAUGGAGCAUCCCAUAUCGCAGAGGAGCUCCCCAAUCCAGGCAAAGGUGUCCCGAGAACGAUGAUGCUCAGCCUCUGCAUAUCAGCCAUUAGCGUCAUCCCCUGGACUUUGGCAUUCCUCUUCUCAACAAACGACCUCGAAGCUGUUGCCUCUUCCACACUUCCCAUUCUCGAAGUCUACCAGCAAGCGCUGAACAACCGCUCAGGUGCCACGUUCCUUGCUGUGUGGCUUCUGGUCAUCUAUUUUGGGUCCGUCGUUAGUGUCGUGGCAGCAACGGGCCGUCUGACCUGGGCUUUUGCUCGUGAUAACGGCCUUCCUUUCUCACCUACCUUUGCUAAGAUCCAUCCCUCUCUCAAAAUGCCCGUCAAUUCUACGAUCGCCGCUAGCGUAUUUGUCGUCAUCUACGGUGCAAUCUACGUAGGAUCCACCACAGCCUUCAACAGCUUCAUCUCGAUGUCGAUUCUUUCGCUCAAUAUUACCUAUGCGAUUCCGCAAGGCAUUGUCUUCUUCCGUGGGCGAGAAAAUGUCCUCCCAUCAACACGGCAGUUCAAUCUGGGUGGAAUACUCGGCACUUUCUGCAACAUUUUCUGUGUGGUAUGGGUCUGCUUGUACACAGUAUUGUUCUGUCUCCCAACCUUCUUGCCUACCGAGGUCGAGGACAUGAACUAUGUUUCCGUUGUUGUCGCCGGCUGUGUCGUGAUCAUCAUUACGAUGUGGUUCUCUGGCAAGAGGAAGACAUUUGUGGGACCUAUGAUAAAUUUUGAAAUCCUCGAGGCAGCUAAAGUCCAACAAGUGGACGCCGAGAAUCAAGCGUCUUUCAUGGCUUCCGAGAAGGAUAUUGAAGGUAAAUGA